AUAUCGACCCUGCCAAUCAUGGCUUGGCGUGCAGCUUUCCGCCAGCACUUGAUGAACGGGUCAAGGUGCUCGGAAUCGUGUGGAACCCAUCGCGCGAUGUUUUUACUUUUACGGUGACUCUCGACAGCGCGGUCCCACGAUGCAAACGCACGAUUCUGUCCACGAUCGCAAGACUGUACGAUCCGUUGGGCUGGGCUACCCCCGUCACCGUCGCCGCAAAGAUCCUCAUGCAAGCGCUGUGGCGCUCGCAACUCGGAUGGGAUCAGGAUCUCGAUCCUCCCUUGCUCAAACAAUGGCACCUCAUUUAUAAAAAUCUCGUGCGCCUAAACGAAGUCACCUUACCGCGAUGGACCCAUUCUCAACCACAGGCGUCCUUCGAGCUGCACGGAUUCGCCGAUGCAUCCACGCACGCUUAUGCCGCAUCAAUUUACUUAAAGGCUUGUUCGCCUUCCGGUGAAGUCACCGUAUCAUUGAUCGCCGGCAAAUCUAGAGUCGCUCCGAUCAAGCCCUUCACGAUCCCUCGACUCGAGCUCUCGGCCGCCCUCCUUCUGAGUCGUCUCAUGCAGUUUGUCAGGGGCGUCCUCCGUCUGGAUUCCGUCUCAUGUACCUGUUGGACUGACUCCACUGUGGUCCUCUCAUGGCUACAAUCACAUCCAUCGCGCUGGACCACGUUCGUGGCCAACCGCGUCGCACAAAUUCAGUCGACUUUAUCAGGCGCCACCUGGCGCCAUGUACCCACUGCAUACAAUCCUGCCGAUUGCGCAUCCCGUGGCAUUUUGGGUGAUGAGCUGCUCGCUCACACCCUUUGGUGGCAUGGUCCUCCAUGGCUAUGCUCACCUUCCCAGGACUGGCCCCCCAACCCGAUUAAUUAUCAAAUGGAUGCUCCGUUAGAGGAAAGAGUACGCUCACAUCAUAUCGCGGAGGCCCCCAUCCAAUGGGACCUCGCGACUCGAUACUCCUCUUGGAACAAAUUGAUUCGCGUCACCGCGUACGUCCUUCGCUUUGCCAAUGCGUGUCGCCGAUCCAAAAUCGAUGGUCAUCCUCUGGGAAUCGAUUCCCUGGCGCUCUCCUCCGAUGAGUGCGCCCGGUCCACCAUCGUUUGGAUCAAACGCAUUCAGAGCGAGCUUUUCCCUGCUGAGCUCCACGCUCUCCUUUCAAAUCGAUCCAUCUCCUCAAAGAGUCCCAUCAUUGCGCUCAACCCGUUUCUUGAUCAUGAUCGCGUGCUGCGAGUGGGCGGUCGACUCCGAAACGCUCCGAUUCCGUACGCCCAGCGGCAUCCGAUCAUUCUGUCUCCUCAUCCUUUGGUGCGUCUCAUCGUUGCUCAGACUCAUUUGCGCCAUCUUCACGCUGGAACCCAGCUUACUCUGAGUACUCUUCGUCGAACAUUCUGGAUCACCCGUGCCCGUAGCGUCAUUAAAUCUGUCAUUCACGAUUGCGUCGCGUGUACUCGCGAACGCGCUGUAGUUCCGACUUAG